GACACUAUAAAAAGGCAGGGUAUUUGUAGUUUAGUAACCAAACGCUAUUCGGGGCAUGUAAUUAUUUAUGAAAACCACGUCGCUGAAUUAACGUAUCGAGCACUUGUUGUUAAGCUGAUCAGAGGAGGAAGCCAAUGUUACAGAACUCACAACUUCGUCGAAGAGUUAGAAACUCAAAUUGACGAACUCCGUACUCAAAAACAACGAAACAAACUAGUCUUCUCUUUAUUGCUUCGUUUUUAGUUACAAAUUCUUAGUCAUUCGUAAACAGAGCAGUAUUACAGAUGUAAUUCCGUUAUCGAAAGGUAAAACGAACUGGUAGUGAAGGAUGUUCGAAUCUUAAUUUCAUUAUUGAAUUGGAGCCAUGAAAUAUUGAUAAGAAGGAAAAAGAAAUUUGAAGAAGCCAAGUCUAAAUUUAAUAGACAACCCUGCUAAUUAUAUAAUUCUUGACUAUUUUGUUGUCUUAUUUUUAUUCAUUUUUGUGUUUGGACUCAACCCCUAGUUUACAUAUCUGCUAUGUCUUGCAGAGUAUUUUGUGUUUAUACACACACAUUUUGAGAUUUUUGUAGAAGAAAAGAUAGGAAAUUUCCUGUAAGAUUAUAUGGAACUGGAAUUGUCUUCUACUAGCGAAGAGGAGUUUUGCAGUCAAGACUUCACGACAAAAGACACCCCACAUUUAGUGCACCAGUGGUUGUAUUGUAAAAGAACGGAUAUACCUUGUGAGACUCGCGUGAUAAGAAAGGACUAUAUCUAAGGAGAACUCUAUUACCUGUAAAAAACUUAUUCGCUAACCCUAAUUCCAAACCCUGUUGUUGAGUCCAGUCGCUCAUUCCUCAAAAUACUAGUAAUUUUUUAUUUUAAACUAACGACGUUCUAUAUUCUUGUGGAAACUGGUGUCGUCUUAUUCAACACUUCAACACUUAUUCAACGCAUUUCCCAAGGUAAUGUUCACGUUGCCUGGAGCUUAUACAAAAGAUAGCCUUUUUCUCUUCAGAUAAACCAUGAACAAGAACUGUUGUGCCCAAAUUCUACUAGACACGCUGUCGUCUAUAGCUCCAUUGCAUGGUAGCUGUGCACGAUCCACUAAAGUUAUUGUUAUUGUGCUCGUAUGUUUGUCCCAACUUCCAGCAUUGUCGGCCACUGAAUCACAUGGAAGAUGGUGCCAAAAGAGCGUCAAGGAAGAGAAAACAAGGGAAGUUGUUGAGAGAAAGAAAUGCAUUCAAAAAUAUGUCACUCGUUGUGGAUUUUUUUCUUUGGACUCGUGUACUUUUUACAAGACAACAACUUGUUUGAAACGAUAUGACCAAAAUAUAACUAUAUACCACACAGUGUUAGACUGUUGUCCAGGCUGGGCUAAAUCUGAUAGUGAAACUUGUUUUGAACUAGCUCAGGGCUCUAAGCCUUUACCAUCAAUUCAUGAACUCUCUAUUGGAACCUUAGCUGCCAUUUGCAGUGCAAGUUUCUUCAUCAUGAUCAUCUUGUUCUUCAUUGUAAAAGCUGUCUGGAAAAAGAUUGAUUAUGACUGUUGUCCCUACAAACUUGGCAAAAUAAGUACUAGAAAACGCAAGGAAAAGGCAGCUGCUGCUGCAUCUGCAUCUAUAUGUCUCGAGCCAUUGCAGUUGGUGUCUUCCAAUUCACCACAGGACCAUCAAGACCCUACAAAUAUGAAUUCAGUCCACUUUCAGCCAUUGGUAAUUGCACUGCCUUCGCCUCCUCUACCCUCACCAGAAGUGCCAUCCUUCUCGCCAGCUGCCAAGACAGCUAACCCCCACAACUUGCCCUCUUCACCAGAGAUAUGUGAACUUUCUGUGGAAGAUUCCGAGAGGGUUCCAUUAAAACAGACCCAGCUGGAGAUGCAGCCCUUGACAGAAAUUGAAACCCUGGAAGCUGAAAUGCAACCAACAGAGCCACAAGUGGAAGAACAAGAACUGGCAGAAGAGCUUGUUGAUAAUAAAAACCCACAAGCAUCUGAAUCUUUACAUUCUGCUGAGUCAGAUACUCCAUGGCAGUUACAGGAUGUUGGGAAGGAAUCUGAAAAGUGUGAACAAACUAAAGAGAGUGAAAAGUGAUUGUGACAUUGAAUGUGUGAAUAUAUACUGUGUGUGCGUAUAACUUCUGGGAUAUGCAUGUAUAUAUUCCAUAAAUGUGUAUGUAUAUAUACCUAUAUAUUUUGGGUAUGAAUGUGUGCAUGAAAAGUGAAGAUGAACAAAUUUAGAGAGGUGUGUAAAGCCUAUAUGCACAAUGUACAUUUUUGUGUCAGACAGUGCAUUUGUACACAUAUACAUGCAUAAACUUUGAGACAUCUCACCUAUAACUUGGUCCACCACUACACCACGUUUUUCUUUUUUUUUUUAAAUAUUCAUGCAUCCACUUUUUUUACAACAGAGAUAACCAAACAAACUAAACUAUUUCUUCUGGGGGAACCACAGUGGCAUCUUGAAAAGUGUUAUGGUUUCUUACUGCAUGUAUCUUCACCAAAAAUAGCAGAAUGAGGGAGGGUUUUAUAUAUAUAAAGUCCAUAUAUAUAUAUAUAUAUAUAUAUAUAUAUAUAUAUGGACUUCUCUUCUCCUUUCAGUGUUGCCAGGGGGUAGGGGUAUCAAUGCUCUGAGUGAAAGUUGUUUGAGAAUGUUAGGGUGCCGAUGGCUAAUUGUAAAGUGUGUGUGAUUUUGAUGUUGGGUCCGUUGUAUAAUUUGAUAUGAAAGGAGUGAUUGAAUAGGGUGCAAAAAUCUAAGGUUGAAUGUGUGAGCAUGCUUGGAGAGUUGAGAUUGAUAUACUGUGAGAGAAAGUCUGGCCUUGGAAUUAGCUUCUCUACCUCAGAAUACUCAAUAACAAAAACAGAAUAUUUCCCAAAUUGGCCUUUACAAUUAUAUAUAUAAUAUAUAUAAAAUCACACAUUUUGCAGCAUCAAUUUUUAAACCCUGCUUAAAAAUGAAAAGCAACAGAAUAGUUCCACAAAAGAAAGUUAAGUUGACUUCUUCUCCAGCUUGGAGAUUUUCUUUCAAACUCUGCCAAGCAAAUAACUAUGUAUUUUUUAACUUUAAUUUUUUUUCUUUAUUCACAAUAUUAAUAUUUGAAGGAAAACAUUCCAAAUCUCUUGCCAAAGAAACUCAUUUGGCUGCCACAGUAUUUAAGGUGUUAUAUUUAUGCUAACACAAUUUUCUCUCCUGUUCCAUUGUUUGUUACAUUAUCUAUUGUUAUAUAUUUUUAAAAUACUAAUUUUAAUCCAAUAACAUGUUCUUUGGGUGCUCAAUCUGCUGACCAAGUGUAUUCAACCAAACCAGUGAUGUAGAUACUUUGCAUCGCAUUGCUGUGGGCUAAGAAGUAUCGACACACUUGAGUGGUUUGGCAUGCAUUUUCUAAUAUUAGGGAAGAACCUGGUUUGUUCACAAAUAACGUUUAGUUUAAACAACAUUUUAGUUGCAAAGUCUUUAAGUGUAAGUAAUAUAUUUUAAAGCAUCAUAAAGAAAUAAGAUGCUUCAAAAUUUAAGAUGACGGUAUAAGCUUUAAUCCUAUAUAGUGAGUUCUCCUGUCAACUUUGUAUGAAGGUUUAACAGCCAGUGUAAUGGCUAUUAGUCUAUCCACACUUGAUUUGCAAAGGAAUGUAUAGGAUCAACCACACUUUUUGGAAAUGCUCGUCAGAGAAUGUUGGUGCAAAUGUUUGCCAUAAUGAUCAACAUAGUUCUCAAGCUUUUCUAUUAGUUUUCCAUCUCCUGGAUUAGUUGAUCAUGCCAGUUUCCAACCAAUCCCAGUAAGCUAAAUGCAUAUCUAGGAUGCCAAACCAGAAACUAAGUCCUCUUGCAUACAUAUAUACAUACAUACGUAUCAUGUAAUUGGAUGGCCAUUGAUUUUCCUGAGCUUCUUCAUCCUUCAACUGGAUUUGUUUUUCAUUCCAUAGGGUGUCUAAAAACAACCCUACUUUCCAAGCAGGCCUAGAGGUAUUGAUAGGUUACUUCCUGAUGGCCUACCUUGCGACUGGUUGUACUGGGUUGCAGGUUACCAGUAGAACUCAAGAGCGACCUCAUACACAUUUUUUAAUGAUUACACUCAAAGGAUUACAGUCAUGCUGGAGCACCAUGUAUAAAAACAUUGAUCAGUUAAAUAUAAUCAAUGUCCUAGUUCUCUAAAAGAAAAAGAAAGUGUAGAUGUAGUUUGUCAUGUGAUCCAUCAUAUGGUCAGUCAGGUUUACAUCAUGUGUGUACUUAUGCUCACAUACAGCGAAAAUAAUUAUUCUGAAACCAAUGUUGAUCAUUACUCAAUUUUUUAAUUUUUUUUUUUUUAAUUAGAAAGGUACUUCAGUUAACAUAGCACCUAGAAUACUCUAGACCAUGACUAUUUUUUGAGCUAUAUAUAUAUAUAUAUAUAUAUAUAUAUAUAUAUAUAUAUAUAUAUAUAUAUAUUCAUUCAUUGUUAAAAACUGAACUAAUGAAGCUAACUCUCAUCACGUAUGUUGGAUUGUGUUUAAAAUUGUUUGAAUCUUAGAGUAUUGCUUCACAUUAGUUUGAGAAUUAUUAUUGUUGAAUAUUUUGGACCCAAACACAACUAUUUAAUUUUUGUAUGCAUAUAAUCCCAACUGAAAGUAACUGAGUCUGUAAGUCACUGUAGUUCAAAGAUCUCUAAGUAUGUAAUAAAUACAGUGACUAAAGAAUUUUAUCUCGGUACUUUUGGCAUUUUUUUUUUUUUUUUUUGCAAUGACAACAAUAGGUGCCAUAAGAGAUGAUCUAAGAGGGUUAAACUAGUCAUCCAAGAAUAGAUGAAUGUAUAUUAUUAAACCGACUUUAGUGGUAAAAUAUUACUAAGGAAAUUGUAGUGCUGACUGUGAUAUUCAGUUUUGUCCCUUUACAUCCUGAGCUUCAAAUUUUGUUUGUGUUGUCUUAUAAACCUUGUCUUAUUCCAAGAGGAGCAGCUAAAUCAAGUAAAUCUUGUUCCAUGAAGUUUUUUGCUUUGAGCUAAAGCUAGAAAUUGUAUUAGCUCUGUCAUGUCACUGAAUACUGGAUGUUAUUGUACUACAUUAACAUCUGUAAAUUUCCCUCUAAGCAUUUGCCUUAAUGCUUCAAAAGAAAUAAUUGGCCCUUUUUAUUUAUGUUAGAAUAAGAGGACUUAGCAAGUGAGAGGGAUCAGACUUCUUGAAUAAUCAACAAAAUAUAUUCUCAGUUGUUUAGAAAAUAAUAUUUUGGUGAAAAAAUAUUUUGCUUCUAAUAUCAUUUCUCUAUGGGUUUAUUUUCUGAGAAUUCCAUAAUCAGAGACCAUAAUAGAUCUUUUCCUCCAGGAUCAUAAUUAUGCAUUCUCCAAUCUGUCUAUACUGCUAAAAGUGAUAGUUACUCCCAAUUUGGGCUCUUUGGAUUUAUUUCUUAUCUUUAGACAAAUUUUCCGUAUUGUUAAAAGAAUUUAUAUUUUUUACUUUUGAUUACUUUAUUUCUUGAGGUUUGGACUCUUUUCAUUCCUGCCAUUUUUUUCCCAUCACUGCCAUGUGACGAAACACAAUAUUGAUUAACAUAUUCAUUUUCAAAUCUGCCGGAAUGUAUUAAGAAUAUGUAAGUCAUCGUUUUGAUUCUCACUGUUCACCAUGCAUAUUAUGAUUUAGUACUGGUUGGCAGAUGUCAACAUGCUUCAGCAAACUAUUUGUUUGCUACUAAAGUUAUAAACAAGAGCCUUGAACUCUUGUUAGAUUCAUUAGUCUGAGUGCCUUUGGCUGAUAAGACACAAUGAUGUUGAAAUAUAAAAUGUUCCAGAGUCCCUUGCACUGAUGAAUUAUGGAAACCCACUCACUGCUUUAAGCUGUUUUCUUGUCAUGAAACACAAGUGAUUAGUAUAUUCACUCUUCUAAUCUGCCAGAAUGUAUUAAGUAUAAAUAUGCAAAUCAUCAUAUUUACUUUUUUGAUUAGUAGAUGGAAUUGCUUCCUUUAGAUACUUAUCCUGAGCUACUGAUGGAGACUAUACACAGUUUGAUCUCCAAGAAAUAGCCAAACCACCUUCAAACAAAGAUGGUCGAAUCAAGGCUGGAAUCCCUUUUGAUUAUAGCUCUUCUUGUUCAGGGUUUUACCAUGGGGUUUGUCAACUAGUGAUACAAAAUUGUGUUUUGAAUUCAUUCACAAAUAAUUAUCAAGGUAUAUGCUUUCAUCAGUUUGCAUUUCUUUACAUUAAUAAAUUCAGGCUAAGAAUUUCUCCACCUCUUUAUUUCCAAAUGUUUUUCAGCAUUUACUGUUUACUUAUAGAAUUGAUAUUAAAAACAAAAAGACAAAAAAAAAAUGAGACUGCACAAUUUA